AUGCCUGUACUUGGGGUUGCCUCCAAACGGAGACAGCCAGCUGUUGGGUCAAAGCCUGUUCACACUGCUCUUCCGAUACCAAAUCUUGGCACUACUGGGUCACAGCACUAUUCUUCAAGAUCUUUGGAACUUGCUGAAACAGAGAGCUCAAUGCUUUCUUGUCAGCUCACAUUAAAAUCAACCUGUGAAUUUGGAGAGAAGAAGUCCCUACAAGGAAAAUCCAAGGAGAAAGAAGACAGCAAGAUUUACACUGACUGGGCCAACCACUACCUAGCAAAAUCAGGCCACAAGCGGCUGAUCAAGGAUUUGCAACAGGACAUCGCAGAUGGAGUACUGCUAGCAGAAAUCAUCCAGAUCAUUGCAAAUGAAAAAGUUGAAGAUAUCAAUGGAUGUCCUAGAAGUCAGUCUCAGAUGAUUGAAAAUGUUGAUGUCUGCCUUAGUUUUCUAGCAGCUAGAGGAGUAAAUGUUCAAGGUCUUUCUGCUGAAGAAAUAAGAAAUGGAAACCUAAAAGCCAUUCUAGGACUGUUUUUUAGUUUGUCUCGCUACAAACAGCAACAACACCAUCAACAACAGUACUACCAGUCCUUGGUGGAACUUCAGCAGAGAGUCACUCACACUUCGCCUCAGUCGGAAGCCAAUCAGGCCAAAACCCAACAAGAUAUGCAGUCCAGUCUGACAGCCAGAUAUGCAACUCAGUCUAAUCACAGUGGAAUUGCAACCAGUCAAAAAAAGCCUACUAGGCUUCCAGGACCCUCUAGGGUGCCAGCUGCAGGCAGCAGCAGCAAAGUCCAGGGAGCCUCCAAUUUAAAUAGAAGAAGUCAGAGCUUUAACAGCAUUGACAAAAACAAGCCUCCAAAUUAUGCAAAUGGAAAUGAAAAAGAUUCCUCCAAAGUCCCUCAACCGUCUUCAGGUGUAAAUGGUAACAUGCAGCCUCCCAGCACUGCUGGCCAGCCCCCUGCCUCUGCCAUCCCUUCUCCUAGUGCCAGCAAGCCCUGGCGCAGCAAGUCCAUGAAUGUCAAGCACAGUGCCACCUCUACCAUGCUGACCGUGAAGCAGCCAAGCCCAGCCACCUCUCCCACACCAUCCUCCGACAGACUGAAGCCACCCGUCUCAGAAGGGGUCAAAACUGCGCCUUCGGGUCAGAAAUCCAUGCUUGAAAAGUUCAAGCUGGUUAAUGCCCGGACUGCUCUACGUCCACCACAGUCUUCGAGUUCAGGACCUAGUGAUGGUGGGAAGGAUGAUGAUGCCUUUUCUGAAUCUGGUGAAAUGGAAGGUUUUAACAGUGGCCUGAAUAGUGGUGGCUCAACAAAUAGCAGUCCCAAAGUGUCACCUAAAUUGGCCCCUCCAAAAGCUGGAAGCAAAAAUCUCAGCAAUAAAAAGUCUUUGCUACAGCCAAAGGAAAAAGAGGAGAAGAACAGGGACAAAAAUAAAGUUUGCACUGAAAAACCAGUCAAGGAAGAGAAGGAUCAGGUGAUGGAGACAGCUCCUAAAAAGACCUCUAAAAUUGCAAGCUUGAUCCCAAAGGGCAGCAAGACAACAGCAGCCAAGAAGGAAAGCUUAAUUCCAUCUUCCAGUGGGAUUCCAAAACCAGGCUCAAAGGUUCCAACAGCAAAGCAAACCAUUUCACCUAGCAGUGCAGCAAGCAAGGAGUCUGAAAAAUUCAGGACUACCAAGGGAAGCCCUUCCCAGUCCUUACCUAAGCCCAUAACCACUGAGAAAGCAAGUGCAUCCAACUGCCCUGCUCCUCUGGAAGGGAGGGAAGCUGGCCAUGCUUCUCCUUCCAAUUCCUGUACUGUGCCAGUGGUGCAAAGCAGUGGGCAGAGCACAGGAAAUGGUGCUGUCCAUCUCCCUCAGCAGCAGCAACACAGUCACCCAAACACUGCCACAGUGGCUCCAUUCAUUUACAGAGCACAUUCAGAAAAUGAAGGUACCUCUUCACCAUCUGCUGAUUCCUGUACCAGUCCUACAAAGAUGGACUCCUUGUAUAGUAAGACUGCUAAGCAGUGCCUAGAGGAGAUAUCUGGUGAAGACCCUGAAACAAGAAGAAUGAGAACAGUUAAAAACAUUGCAGAUUUGAGGCAGAAUUUAGAAGAAACUAUGUCUAGUCUUCGUGGGACCCAGAUAAGCCACAGCACCCUGGAGACAACAUUUGACAGCACUGUGACAACAGAAGUGAAUGGAAGGACCAUACCCAACCUGACAAGUCGACCCACUCCCAUGACCUGGAGGCUGGGCCAGGCAUGUCCCCGCCUGCAGGCGGGUGAUGCUCCCUCCAUGGGUGCUGGCUACCCGCGUAGUGGUACCAGUCGGUUCAUCCACACUGACCCCUCCAGGUUCAUGUACACAACGCCUCUCCGCAGAGCUGCCGUCUCACGGCUGGGAAACAUGUCACAGAUUGACAUGAGCGAGAAAGCAAGCAGUGACCUGGACAUGUCUUCUGAAGUGGAUGUUGGUGGAUAUAUGAGCGAUGGUGAUAUUCUUGGGAAAAGUCUCAGAACUGAUGACAUCAACAGUGGGUACAUGACAGAUGGAGGGCUUAACCUGUACACUCGGAGUCUGAACCGAAUACCAGACACAACUACUUCAAGAGAUGUCAUUCAGAGAGGUGUUCAUGAUGUGACCGUGGAUGCAGACAGCUGGGAUGAUAGCAGUUCUGUGAGCAGUGGCCUGAGUGACACCCUCGAUAACAUCAGCACUGAUGACCUGAACACCACGUCUUCAGUCAGCUCUUAUUCCAACAUCACUGUCCCUUCCAGAAAGAACACUCAGCUGAAGACGGAUUCGGAGAAACGUUCCGCAGCAGAUGAGACCUGGGACAGUCCCGAAGAGCUGAAAAAAAUAGAAGAGGAUUUUGACAGUCAUGGUGAUGGAGGUAGCAAGUGGAAGAGUAGCUCCUCGGGACUUCCUGAGGACCCUGAGAAGACCAGCCAGAAAGCUUCCCUGUCUGUUUCUCAAACGGGUUCCUGGAGGAGAGGCACAUCCACCCAGGGAGGGACUCCAGCCAGACAGAAAGCUGGGACAAGUGCACUCAAGACUCCUGGGAAAACCGAUGAUGCCAAAGCUUCUGAGAAAGGGAAAACUCCCCUGAAAGGAUCCUCCCUACAAAGGUCUCCUUCAGAUGCAGGGAAAAGCAGUGGAGAUGAGGGGAAAAAGCCCCCCUCAGGUAUUGGAAGAUCCACUGCCACCAGCUCAUUUGGAUUUAAGAAACCAAGUGGAGUAGGGUCUUCUACUAUGAUCACUAGCAGCGGAGCAACUAUAACAAGCGGCUCAGCAACACUGGGCAAAAUCCCCAAAUCUGCCGCCAUUGGUGGGAAGUCAAAUGCAGGGAGGAAAACCAGUUUGGAUGGUUCACAGAAUCAAGAUGACGUUGUGCUGCAUGUGAGCUCCAAGACCACCCUACAGUACCGCAGCUUGCCUCGCCCUUCAAAGUCCAGCACCAGUGGUAUUCCUGGACGAGGUGGCCACAGGUCUAGUACCAGCAGUAUUGAUUCCAAUGUCAGCAGCAAGUCAGCUGGUGCCACCACCUCAAAACUAAGAGAACCAACUAAGAUUGGGUCGGGGCGCUCAAGCCCUGUCACUGUCAACCAAACAGACAAGGAGAAAGAAAAAGUAGCAGUCUCAGAUUCAGAGAGUGUUUCUUUGUCAGGUUCCCCUAAAUCCAGCCCCACCUCUGCCAGUGCCUGUGGCACUCAAGGGCUCAGGCAGCCAGGAUCCAAGUAUCCAGAUAUUGCUUCACCUACAUUUCGAAGGUUGUUUGGUGCCAAGGCAGGUGGCAAAUCUGCCUCUGCACCUAAUACGGAGGGUGUGAAAUCCUCCUCAGUAAUGCCCAGCCCUAGUACCACAUUAGCGCGACAAGGCAGUCUGGAAUCACCGUCGUCUGGUACAGGCAGCAUGGGCAGUGCUGGAGGGCUAAGUGGCAGCAGCAGCCCACUCUUCAAUAAACCCUCAGACUUAACUACAGAUGUUAUAAGCUUAAGUCACUCCUUGGCCUCCAGUCCAGCAUCGGUUCACUCUUUCACAUCAGGUGGUCUUGUGUGGGCUGCCAAUAUGAGCAGUUCCUCUGCCGGCAGCAAGGACACUCCGAGUUACCAGUCCAUGACUAGCCUCCAUACGAGCUCUGAGUCCAUUGACCUGCCCCUCAGCCAUCAUGGCUCCCUGUCUGGACUGACCACAGGCACUCACGAGGUUCAGAGCCUGCUCAUGAGAACGGGUAGUGUGAGAUCUACUCUCUCAGAAAGCAUGCAGCUUGACAGAAAUACACUACCCAAAAAGGGACUAAGAUAUACCCCAUCAUCUCGGCAGGCCAACCAAGAAGAAGGCAAAGAGUGGCUGCGUUCUCAUUCCACCGGAGGGCUGCAGGAUACUGGCAACCAGUCACCUCUGGUCUCCCCUUCUGCCAUGUCAUCUUCUGCUACAGGAAAAUACCACUUUUCUAACUUGGUGAGUCCAACCAAUCUGUCUCAGUUUAACCUCCCUGGGCCCAGCAUGAUGCGCUCCAACAGCAUCCCAGCCCAGGACUCUUCCUUUGAUCUCUAUGAUGACUCCCAGCUUUGUGGGAGCGCCACUUCUCUGGAGGAAAGGCCACGGGCCAUCAGUCAUUCAGGAUCAUUCAGAGACAGCAUGGAAGAAGUUCAUGGCUCUUCGUUAUCAUUGGUUUCCAGCACUUCUUCUCUUUACUCUACAGCUGAAGAAAAGGCUCAUUCAGAGCAAAUUCAUAAACUACGGAGAGAGCUGGUUGCAUCUCAAGAAAAAGUUGCUACCCUGACAUCUCAACUUUCAGCAAAUGCUCACCUUGUAGCAGCUUUUGAAAAGAGUUUAGGGAAUAUGACUGGCCGAUUGCAAAGUCUAACCAUGACAGCGGAACAAAAGGAGUCUGAACUUAUAGAAUUAAGGGAGACCAUUGAAAUGCUGAAGGCCCAGAACUCUGCUGCCCAGGCGGCCAUUCAGGGGGCCCUAAAUGGCCCAGACCACCCUCCAAAAGAUCUCCGCAUCAGAAGACAGCAUUCCUCUGAAAGUGUUUCCAGUAUCAACAGUGCCACAAGCCAUUCCAGCAUUGGCAGUGGUAAUGAUGCUGACUCCAAGAAAAAGAAAAAGAAAAACUGGGUGAACUCUAGAGGAAGUGAGCUGAGAAGUUCUUUCAAACAAGCCUUUGGAAAGAAAAAGUCCACCAAGCCCCCAUCUUCACAUUCAGACAUUGAAGAACUUACUGAUUCAUCUCUCCCGGCAUCUCCCAAGUUGCCCCAUAGUGCUGGUGACUGCGGUUCAGCAUCCAUGAAGCCCUCUCAAUCUACCUCAGCGAUCUGUGAAUGCACAGAGGCUGAGGCAGAGAUAAUUCUGCAGCUGAAGAGCGAGCUCAGAGAAAAGGAAUUAAAAUUAACAGAUAUUCGGUUGGAGGCCCUCAGCUCUGCUCAUCAUCUUGAUCAGAUCCGGGAAGCCAUGAACCGGAUGCAGAAUGAAAUUGAGAUACUGAAGGCUGAGAACGAUCGGUUGAAGGCUGAGACUGGUAACUCUGCAAAGCCUGCACGGCCACCUUCUGAGUCCUCUAGCAGCACCUCCUCUUCCUCUUCAAGGCAGUCCCUCGGGCUGUCUCUCAACAACCUGAACAUCACAGAGUCCGUUACCUCAGAUAUUUUGCUAGAUGAUGCUGGAGAUGCAACUGGACACAAAGAUGGCCGCAGUGUGAAAAUUAUAGUCUCCAUAAGCAAGGGCUAUGGUCGAGCAAAGGAUCAGAAAUCUCAGGCAUAUUUGAUAGGAUCCAUUGGUGUUAGUGGAAAAACCAAAUGGGAUGUCUUAGAUGGUGUUAUUAGACGUCUCUUUAAGGAAUAUGUACUUCGAAUCGAUACAUCCUCCAGCCUUGGUCUGAGCUCUGACUGCAUUGCCAGUUACUGUAUAGGAGACUUAAUUAGAUCCCAGAACCUCGAAGUGCCUGAACUGCUGCCGUGUGGGUACCUUGUUGGUGAUAACAACAUCAUCACUGUGAACCUGAAAGGGGUAGAAGAAAACAGUUUGGACAGUUUUGUUUUUGAUACACUGAUUCCUAAACCAAUUACCCAAAGGUACUUUAACUUGUUGAUGGAGCAUCACAGAAUUAUACUCUCAGGACCCAGUGGUACUGGAAAGACCUAUUUAGCAAACAAACUUGCUGAAUAUGUAAUAACCAAAUCUGGAAGGAAAAAAACAGAGGAUGCGAUUGCCACUUUUAAUGUGGAUCACAAGUCAAGUAAGGAAUUGCAACAAUAUCUAGCUAACCUGGCUGAACAGUGCAGUGCUGAUAAUAAUGGUGUAGAGCUCCCAGUUGUAAUAAUUCUUGAUAAUCUUCAUCAUGUGGGCUCUUUGAGUGAUAUCUUCAAUGGUUUCCUCAACUGUAAAUAUAGCAAAUGUCCAUAUAUUAUUGGAACAAUGAAUCAGGGAGUUUCUUCAUCACCCAAUCUAGAGCUGCACCACAAUUUCAGAUGGGUAUUGUGUGCAAACCACACAGAACCAGUGAAAGGCUUUUUAGGCAGAUAUCUUCGAAGGAAACUGAUAGAGAUGGAAAUUGAAAGGAACAUACGCAAUAAUGACUUAGUCAAAAUUAUAGAUUGGAUUCCUAAGACGUGGCAUCAUCUGAACAGUUUUUUGGAAACACAUAGUUCUUCUGAUGUUACCAUUGGUCCCCGACUUUUCCUUCCUUGCCCCAUGGAUGUAGAAGGUUCUAGAGUGUGGUUCAUGGAUCUUUGGAACUAUUCUUUGGUACCUUAUAUUCUGGAGGCAGUGAGAGAGGGUCUUCAGAUGUAUGGGAAGCGUGCACCCUGGGAAGAUCCCUUAAAGUGGGUGCUUGACACAUACCCAUGGAGCUCAGCCUCUCUGCCUCAGGAAGGACCAGCAUUACUUCAGUUGCGACCAGAAGAUGUUGGAUAUGAGGGCUGCACCUCUGCUAAGGAAGCCACAACCUCAAAGCACAUUCCACAGACAGACACUGAGGGGGACCCCCUGAUGAAUAUGCUAAUGAAACUCCAAGAAGCAGCCAAUUACUCGGGCACACAAAGCUGCGACAGCGGUAGCACCAGCCACCAUGAAGACGUUUUGGAUUCUUCUCUUGAAUCCACCCUUUAGAGGGUGGACAGAGUUAGGGGAAAAGAUGAUGCUUUAAAAAAAAAAAAAAAGUGUUUUAAAAGAAAGGUAUUUUCACUAAACCACUGCCAGUAUAAAAGCACCCUGUCAGGGGCCCUGACCCAGAGUCGUGGUCUUCAAGGAGGCAGCAGAACUAAGUCGGAACCGCCAAGAUGCUAAAUUGAAAUGGGAGCUUAACUUUAUUUUAUUUCUAGGCAUUUUUUAUAUCCAUGGAGUAAGAGAAGGCUCCAUUACUCAACUGGAAAGGACCCUAAUGACAGGGCAACUGAAGAGAUUGCACAUGGGAUAGCCAAACUGGACUUUAGUUUCUUCCUCUUUAAAAGUUUACAAUGCAGACCUUUUUUUGUCCCUUCCUUCUGUUUCCUCUGAGGGGCUGUUCUCCCCAGGCAGGGUCCAUUCUUCUGAUCCGUCCAACCUCCUCUGUGCCACAUGGUGCUGGUCACAGGGCUCCAGUAGUGUUUGUGUUGUGCGCUCACCCCAUUCCAGAAUGAAUCCAAGAGGCCAGUCCUCCAUAAGCACAAGCGGAAUUGUGCAACCACCAGAAAAAAACACUACUGUGGCAAACUGGAGAAGUGCCAACUCAAUUCUAACUGCCAUGGUCUCAUGACGUGCGCCACCCACUUUUUAGUGUAUGAGUCCCAGGUUUUAUAAGGUUGUUUUUACCACCGUGGUCUUUUUAAACCACCUGCCCACUCCCCUAACAAGAGUUUUAUACCAAUUAUUAGUCAACACUGACAAAAGGCUUUCUUAGGGCUUUAUUUGUUUGAGCCUUUUCAGUGAAAGAAGGAACAUUUCCUAUGGUGCUGUCUCACUGCCUUAAAACAGAUUUCUACAACAGGUUAGUUAACAUUUGGUUUAAAUCCUAAACCAUUGGUAAUUUCCACUGUCUUUUCAUUUACAACCAAGAACACCAGUUAUCACAGUAGCUUCAUCUCUAUAUAUCAUUUUUUUUUUGUUUUGCUUUGUUUUGUUUUGAAGAAAUGGAUAGGAGAAAGAUCAGUAUUUUUAUCUCAUGAAUAGAUUGCUUUGCCUAUCCUCAAAGUAUUCGAGUAACCCAGGAACCCUCUUUGACCGUCACAGAAAAGCAGAGACGUGGCUAAAUUCCAUCCAGUUCUAAGUGAAAGAGUUUCAGAAGGUGGGAGAUUUUGAAUUCGUAUCCAGCAGAGCUGGAAGCACUAGAUGCAGCAUGAGCACAACUAUUUGGCUUUCCUUCCCUAUUCUUUCUUAUAUAUUUUUUUAAAAUUAGUUUUGACGCAUGUUGUUUUGAUUGCUAUUGUUGUACAUGAGAAAUUCAGCAUUAAAGAACACUGAAGCAGUAAAGUCACUGUGGAAGAGGAAGCGUUGAUACUGUAAAAGAAGGUUAGAUUUGCACAGUCUACUGGGUAGGUAUUGUAAAUAAUAAUUUUUCAAACUUGCACAAAUCAAAUCAAACAAACAAAAUUGUAUUUUAUCCCGUUGGUGUUAAGAGGUGUUUCACUUGCUGAGAUUUCCUGUACGUUGCAAACAAAUACAGAAUGCAAACCCUCAAAGCUGUUAUUAUCUGGUGUGUUUGUCCUGUGUUUACAGUUGGUAUGACUAUGCAGGAGCUAUCAGUGCUAGAGUGAGCAUGCUUCAAAACUGUACAUGAAGCCAAUACAUUUUUGGAUAAAUAAAACUGUCUGAGAGUACAUCUGUUGUGGCAGGCUUUAAAGAGAGUGCAUGAAAACUGAUCAGUCAUUGGAGAAGUUACCAUCACACACAGAGGACAGGUGUUAGGUUUAUGAAACCCAAGGGCUAGGCCAUGGCAUAGACUAGUUCUGUGAGUGUGAAAAAGUGUGACCUUUAGGACGUGUAAUUGGUGCUAUCCUCUGUGACCACCCAUGGGUCAGUUGCUACAGAACAAUAACAUCAACCCAAGAUAUCAGUGCCGCUUUCAGAGUGUUUCUAAGUGCAUAGGUCCUUACAUGGUGCUAUUGCCCUGAGGGAAUUGGAGCUGAAUUUAUGCAUAUAGAAUUGUCACCCUGACUUUGAAGCCUCAAACAUGGAUCAAAUCUGUUGUGCACCAUCAAUUUAUGUAGCUGGAUGAGUGACUAGUUGCCCUUGUAUAAUAUGUGAUCUAAGAAAAUUGCUAAUCUUUCCCUGCCAUUUUGAGAAACACAGUCCAAACAUGAGCAUAAACAGAAAGUCCUGCAAUACAUGCCAGUAGGUCCACCUAGUUUACAACUUAAACUAGUUUGUGAAACAUUUGUCUGUAUACAUUUUAUAUUUUGUACAUUUUGAUGUAACAUAUCAUGUAAAUAGGCAGAAACAGUGAAAUAAAUCAUCUGAAAAGUUUUGUAGUCUUUGUAAAGCCCCAACAAUAAGUACUUGGUGUCAAUGGACUUAACUGGAUGACGUAUUUUCUAUUGGUUUAUUGUUCCUCUAGCUUGUAAACCAGCUUGCAUAUAUUUUUUUGCAAAUGUGCACCCUGUAUCUGUCUAAAUUAUUACUUUGCCAUUAAAGUGGAAUUAU